AUGAUCAAGAUGGGCGCGUGCAUGAGCACGAGUGAUGAGGAGACGGAGCAGAAGAAGAGAAGUCAGAAAAUCGAUCGCGACCUAGAAGAGGACUCCAAGAAACUACGGAAAGAAUGCAAGAUUCUACUUCUCGGCUCCGGCGAGAGCGGUAAAUCGACCAUUGUGAAGCAGAUGAAGAUCAUACAUCUCAAGGGCUAUUCAGACGAGGAGCUCACAAACUACCGACCUACAGUCUACAAGAAUCUGUUGGAAUGCGCAAAGGCGGUGGUGAAUGCUAUGCACCAGUUCGAUAUUCAGCCAACAGAUCCAUCGCUACGGCCCUAUGUCGAAUUCUUGCAAGAUUACAACAUGGAGGGAUGUCCACCAGGACAAGCCAUUGAUCCCAAAGUUGGCACAGCUAUCCAGGCAAUAUGGAACGAUCCAGCAAAAGACCUACUCAUGGAGCGGCAAACAGAGUUCUACCUUAUGGACUCGGCAGAAUAUUUCUUCAUGGAGGUCAUGAGGAUUGUUGCUGAAGAUUAUCGACCGAAUGAGAUGGAUGUACUUCGCGCCAGAACAAAGACCACGGGUAUCUACGAAACGCGAUUCAAGAUGGGCAGGCUCAGUAUCCACAUGUUUGAUGUGGGUGGGCAACGUAGCGAACGCAAGAAGUGGAUUCACUGCUUCGAGAACGUCACAUCCAUCAUCUUCUGUGUUGCCUUGAGCGAGUACGACCAAGUACUGCUCGAGGAGAGCAGUCAGAACCGCAUGAUGGAAAGUCUGCUGCUCUUUGAUUCGGUCGUCAAUUCGCGCUGGUUCAUGAGGACGAGUAUCAUCCUGUUUCUCAACAAGGUUGACAUCUUCAAGCAGAAAUUGGGGCGGUCACCUCUAGGGAACUACUUUCCGGAUUAUUCUGGUGGUAACGACGUCAACAAGGCUGCCAAGUACCUACUAUGGCGCUUUAACCAGGUUAACAGGGCUCACCUUAACCUGUAUCCUCACUUAACACAAGCCACCGAUACUUCCAAUAUCCGUCUCGUGUUUGCCGCCGUCAAGGAAACCAUUCUCAACAACGCUCUUAAAGACUCUGGUAUUCUAUGA